UCCGCCCCUGACGCGUGUCGCGUGCCCCAGCGCUGCUCGGCCGGCGAAAGCAGCGGAGCUGUGAGGUUGCCGUGUGUCUCCGUCUCCCGGUUCGGGUUCUCGCCAUGGAGGAGGGGAAGCAGGUGAAGAAAGCGAAGCUCAACAACGAUCCGAACUGGGGUAAACAGAGGGCAACCAAUGUGACCUUCCAAGCUCACCAUGUUAGCAGGAACAAGCGUGGACAAGUUGUAGGAACCAGAGGUGGCUUUCGUGGGUGUACUGUCUGGCUUACAGGCUUGUCUGGCGCUGGUAAGACGACAGUCAGCAUGGCACUGGAAGAAUAUUUAGUUUGCCAUGGGAUACCCUGCUAUACGUUGGACGGUGACAAUAUUCGACAAGGUCUAAACAAAAACUUGGGCUUUAGCCCAGGAGAUCGUGAAGAGAACAUUCGACGUAUUGCUGAAGUAGCUAGACUGUUUGCAGAUGCUGGACUUGUGUGCCUUGCCAGUUUUAUUUCUCCAUAUACAAAGGAUCGGAAAAAUAGCAGAAGCAUACACGAGAGUGCUGGUCUACCUUUUUUUGAAAUAUUUGUGGAUGCUCCGCUGUAUGUCUGUGAAAGCAGGGAUGUAAAGGGACUUUACAAAAAGGCCAGAGCUGGAGAGAUAAAAGGGUUCACUGGUAUUGAUUCGGAGUACGAGAAACCAGAAGCUCCUGAGCUGGUUCUGAAGACUGAUGUCUGUUCUGUCAAUGAAUGUGUCCAGCAAGUGAUUGAACUUCUUCAGGAGAGGGACAUUGUUCCUGUUGACUCUUACGCUGAAAUAAAGGAACUAUUUGUCCCAGAAAACAAGCUGGAUCUCGCUAGAGCUGAUGCAGAAAUCUUGCCAGCACUGGAAAUCAGCAAGGUGGACAUGCAGUGGGUGCAGGUUCUGGCUGAGGGUUGGGCCACCCCACUCAAUGGCUUCAUGCGAGAGCGAGAAUUCUUGCAGUGCCUUCAUUUUAGCUGCUUGCUGGAUGGGGGUCUCAUUAACCUGUCAGUGCCCAUUGUCCUGACAGCAUCGGAUGAAGAUAAAGAGCGACUGGAUGGCUGCACUGCCUUUGCAUUGGUGUAUGAUGGACGGAGAGUGGCCAUCCUUCGAAACCCUGAAUUCUAUGAACACAGGAAAGAGGAGCGCUGUGCACGUCAGUGGGGAACAACAUGCAAAGAGCACCCUUAUAUCAAGAUGGUAAUGCAGAGUGGCAAUUGGUUAGUAGGUGGAGAUUUGCAAGUUCUUGAUCGUGUUUAUUGGAAUGAUGGACUUGAUCAAUAUCGCCUAACCCCACGUGAACUAAAGCAAAAAUUUAAAGCAAUGAAUGCUGAUGCUGUCUUUGCAUUUCAGCUACGUAACCCAGUGCACAAUGGGCAUGCUCUACUGAUGCAGGAUACCUUUCAGCGAUUGAUUGACCGUGGCUACAGACGUCCAGUUCUCCUCCUUCAUCCAUUAGGCGGCUGGACAAAAGAUGAUGAUGUGCCUUUAAUAUGGCGAAUGAAGCAACAUGCUGCUGUGUUGGAGGAGGGAGUUCUUAAACAAGAAUCUACUGUUGUGGCCAUCUUUCCUUCUCCUAUGAUGUAUGCUGGACCAACUGAGGUCCAGUGGCACUGCAGGGCACGCAUGAUUGCAGGAGCCAAUUUCUACAUUGUAGGCCGAGACCCAGCAGGCAUGCCGCAUCCUGAGACCAAGAAGGACUUGUAUGAGCCAACACAUGGGGCAAAAGUACUGACUAUGGCCCCAGGCCUGUUGUCCCUGGAAAUUGUCCCAUUCCGUGUGGCUGCAUAUAAUAAGCAGAAGAAAUGUAUGGACUACUAUGACCCUGAACACCAUGAAGACUUUGACUUUAUUUCUGGAACGCGCAUGCGUAAAUUAGCACAAGAAGGAGUGAACCCACCAGAAGGAUUCAUGGCUUCGAAAGCAUGGGCAGUCCUCACUGAAUACUAUAAGUCCUUGGAAAAGAUGUAGAUGGGAACAGCAGAAAUGUAACACAACAGUUCCAUAAUUGAUAGCAGGGGACCACACACAGAGCAAGAGUUCCAGCAAUUUUAUUGAUGUUUCUUAGGAACCAGUGUUCUUCCUGAAGCCACAUUACUGUCUGCACAAGUCUUAUGAGCUUUAUUACAUAUCAGGACCUAUAGAGUUGCUCUUCCCACUAUUCUUCCUUUCUUUGACUUGCCAUGUUUUCUGUUUCUAUUACCUUUAUCUCGUGUUGACAUUUCCAGUUCAAACUAGCAUUAAAAGUCAAGGGCAUUCGAUGGGUUGAGCUUUCAACUGUAGCAAAUUUAAAGAUGUCGCUGUUUAUUCAUUAAGAUUACUUAGCUUUUGUUUAAUGUUUUUUUUAAAUUUCUCUGCUGGGUUUUAUCGUAUGUAGACAUGGCUGUCUUUUAACUUCCAACCCCUUCUCCUCCAGAUACAGAAUAAAAUUUUUUUUAUCUUUUAAAUUUCUUUAACAAUUUUGAUUUGAAAGGCGUAAUGAAAGCCAAAAGGGCUCUUUGAUUGCAAAGCAGCUGGUGUGUUGCCACACUACAGUUAAGGUCAUGCCUCUCCUGAGCAUUUCGGGUUUUAGCAGAUACUGCAGUAGAGAAUGGAUUAUUGCAGUGAAGGAUAUACAACUCAGAAUUGUAAAUGAUUUGACAUUUUACAGGUGCCUUUCACAUUAGGCCAUCAGUUUGGGACUUCCAGUAAAACCCAAUAAAUGUCCAAACCCAAUUAAUGUCUGAUUUAUUAAUUGUAGGUGUCAAAUACAUGAGGUAGACUGGUGAAAACCCAUGGGACUUCCAAACCUAACUAUAAACCUAGCUGUAAAGUGGGCAUGGUAAAAUCAAGUGUAACGAUGUUGCAUAAUUGGUCAUGUAAUUUGAAAACCUAUCGUUCACAGUCAUGUGUGCAGUUAUUGCCAUGAUGAGGUUUGCUUGAUAUGUGCCGCUGUAAUAAAGCUGGUCUUUCAUUGAAUUCAA